UGGAGCAACACCAACCAGGCCUGGCUUUCAGGUCCAUCAACAAACCUACGCACAGACGUAAUAUCGGCCGCCUGAUCGGACGUGAGGCUCAGCGAGAAGUGGAGGCUUCAUCUGGCGGCUCUCAGCCAUCACUCACUCACUCAUACACAAACACACAUCACGAUACCCGUGCAGCCUCGUGUCCGCCCGCGAUGCUCGCCGUCGUCGCGCCCAGCCCGGCCACCGUGGCCGUGGCCGCCCCGGUCUUGCUCAUGGUGUUUUGGAUCGCGCUGCACCUGCGCAUCGAGUACCGUCUGCGCCAGAACCCGGGCGUCCGCGCGCCGGCGCUCGCCAACAACCCCUUCUCCGCCAUCUACUGGUUCCUCGAGGCGGCCAACAUGCAGGCCAACAACCGGCUCCUCGACUACUUCAACUCCAUCUACCGCUACGCCACGCCCUCGGCGCCCAACAUCGUCGAGAUGACCUUUGCCAGCCGGCGCGUGCUCCUGACGCGCGAGCCCGAGCACGUCAAGACGGUGCUCACGUCCAAGUUCACCGACUUUGGCAAGGGCGAGGUGUUCCACGACGCCUGGAGCCCCUUCUUGGGCGACUCCAUCUUCACCACCGACGGCGACCGCUGGCACAAGAGCCGCGCCCUCAUCCGGCCCAUGUUCACGCGCGACCGCGUCCGCGACCUGCACAUCUUUGACCGCUGGUCCGCCGCCCUGCUGGCCGAGCUGCCCCCCGCUGCGGGCACCACCGUCGACGUGUGCGACUUGUUCUACCGCAUGACGCUGGACGUGACGACCGACUUUCUGCUCGGGCAGAGCGUGGGCGCGCUGGAGAAUCCGCGGAGCGACUUUUCGCGGGCGUUUAUGGAGGUGCAGCGCAUGCAGAUGAUUCUCACGAUUCUCUAUCCUUUCCGAUGGUUUGUCCCGCAGCGCAAGUACAAGUCGGGCAUCAAGCUCAUCGAGUCCUUCAUGGCGCCCUACAUCGCCGCCACGCUGCGCAUCACCCCCUCGGAGCUCGAGGAGCGCUCCUCCAAGUCGGACCGCGACUUCGACUUUACGUUUCUGCACCACAUUGCGCUCUUCAGCCGCGACCCCAAGGUGCUCCGCGACCAGAUCAUGGCCGUCCUGCUCGCCGGCCGCGACACCACCGCCGCGACCCUCUCGUGGUGCCUCUACGAGCUCGCCAACGCGCCCGCCGUCUGGGCCCGCCUCCGCGCCGACGUGCUCGCCCUCGUGGGCCCCGAGCGCGCGCCUACGUAUGAGGACCUCAAGGCGCUGACGUACCUGACGCACACGCUCAACGAGACGCUGCGCCUGUAUCCGGCUGUGCCGUACAACCUGCGGUCCUGUCUCGAGUCCUCCACGCUCCCCGGCCAGCCCGGCCAGCCCGACAUCGCCACCCUCCCCGGCGACAUCAUCGUGUACAGCACCCUCUCCAUGCAGCGGCGCCGCGACCUCUACCCGCCCGCCUCGGAAGGAUUCCCCGACCCGGCCGUCUUCAGCCCGGACCGCUGGGACAGCUGGACGCCCAAGCCCUGGCACUUUGUGCCGUUCAACGGCGGGCCGCGCAUCUGCAUUGGGCAGAACUUUGCCCUCACCUCGAUGGCCUUUACGCUCGUUCGCCUCCUGCAAAAGUACGAGCGCGUCGAGUACCGCGGCGACUGGGCCGCGCAGUUCCACAAGGCCGAGAUCGUCGGCUGCCCCGGCCACGGCGUUCCCGUCGCCUUCUUCGAGCCGUCUGUGUGAGAGCGUGCACAGGCGGCCUACUACCAUCGUAGCUAGCUAUCUGCCUCUGCAGCCGUCGACAUCAUCAUCAUCAGAGCAUCGACUACCUCAUCCAGUCAUCGACAUCGACAAACCCCCUCACCAUCACCUGCCAUCAUCGUCAUCAAUAUGCAGCCCACGCCUCCCACGCACACCCAUCAGGCCCCCUUCCCUAUACAGCAUCCGAAACCACACGACGGGAUAUUCCAUCUACUCAAUCUACGCAACAAUCUCAACCCCACUCAUCUCCCCCUUCCCCCUUUUCUACUCAGCCCCAAAAGACACACCAAAUGAUAAUGCCCACUUCCAGCGUUAUCAAUUGAAUGCAAUGCCACAAGCAAGAAAAAGGGCCCGGAUAUCUCCUUCAAUUCGUUUUCUGUGGGGUUAUUUUGGCUUCCACCGGUUUUGAUCAAGGGAAAUAACGGACAGGCGUAGGCGUUUGUUUGCCAUCUAUUUGAGGUUGUCAACUACCUACCCGUGUGGCGUCGUGAUUUGAGGGCCAAGAGAGAAAAUGCAACCGCAUGUUUACUCGAAGAAACUUCAUGACACUCCACAAUCCCACGCCUGAAGUAAUCAGCGACAGCCACUUUUCGGCACGAACCUUCCAUUACGGGACCCUUCUCUUGCGUGACGAGUAGAAGACUGUUGCAUUAAGGUAGGGCAGGGCAGAGCAGGGCCGUUUGAGGGACGCACGCAGCGGACAGCGCGUGUCUUGUCUGGCCUGUACCAGUUCGGUUUGGAGCCAAGGG